AUGACUAGCAGUCGGCCCAACAGCGGUGUCAGGUCGCGGUACUCGCGAUCCUCCACCGUCACCCAGCUCCUCAGCGAGUCCUGCACCUCGCUCAUCCAGAGGAUAACCAGCAGGGUCCGCGGCCCCUCCGCCCUCGCCGACGGCGAUGUGGCCAAGGAGGACGAGACCCCGCGCUGCCUCAAGGCGGCGCCCCGCGGGAGGGCCGAGCGGUCCAUCGGCAGGAAGUCGACGGGGAGGAAGAGGGUCGAGGGGCAGCAGGAAGCGGCCAAGUGGCUCUCGAAGAGCAGUUUCGUCGCUAGUGGUGAAGCAGUGAGGCCUGCGAGGAAGGCAGCGCCAGCGGUGGAAGGGCCGAGGAAGGAAACUGUCUUGGUCAACAAGGGCGUCGAAAUAUCGAGGAGGAAGAGCACUACGCUAGUGAGGAACCUCAAUGAGGAAGGACCCGCGCCGUUAGCGAAAAGCGCCACGACGGUAGUUCUGGCCGAAAAGGCGUACCCCUUCGUUGCGACGGUACCGACGGCUCGCGAGAAGACCCCGUUCAGGAGAAGGAAGUCUUUAGGCGGCGGAGCGCAGAGUGAGCUGAGACCUGUGGUUCUGGACAUCCCCACUGAGGAGGAGCCUCUGACGGAGCGGGCGGCCAAGAGGAAGGAGAUCCAGUCGUUGAUAAUGAAGUAUUGCUCUCUGGAAGACAAGGCUGCGCAGGAGGAAGUGACAGCCCUUGCCAAGUGUCGGCAAAAGUAUUCGGGCAUUCUCACCCAGUCUAGCUCUUCGACGGCGAGAGCGCCAUCCAUACAGGACGACGAAGAUGGUCACCUCAUAUACCGACACGGGGACAUUCUACAAAGCAGAUAUAAGAUACAAGCCACCUUAGGCGAAGGAACAUUUGGAAAAGUUGUGAAAGUCAAAGAUAUGCAAACAGAUGAAAUGAUGGCUCUGAAGAUAAUAAAAAAUGUGGAAAAAUACAGAGAUGCUGCCAGGCUCGAAAUAAAUGUCCUAGAAAAAUUGGCUGAAAAGGAUCCUACCAGUAAACACCUUUGUGUAAAAAUGGUUCAUUGGUUCAACUAUCAUGGGCACAUUUGCAUCGGUUUCGAAAUGUUAGGCCUCAGUGUUUUUGAUUUCUUGAAGGACAAUAAUUAUCAACCAUAUUCAAUGGAGCAUGUUCGCCACAUAGCAUACCAGCUCAGCUAUGCGGUCAAGUUCCUCCAUGACAAUCAGCUGACACACACUGAUUUGAAACCUGAAAACAUACUUCUCGUCGAUUCAGAAUAUGAGCUUGUAUAUAACGGAAAGAAGAAAAGGGAUAUCAGGAAAUUAAAAAGGUCUGAUGUACGAUUGAUAGAUUUUGGAAGUGCUACUUUUGAUCAUGAACAUCACAGCACAAUUGUCUCAACUAGGCAUUACAGAGCUCCUGAAGUUAUCCUUGAGUUAGGAUGGGCACAGCCAUGUGAUGUGUGGUCAAUAGGGUGUAUUAUGUUUGAGCUGUACUUGGGCAUCACGCUGUUCCAGACACAUGAUAACAGGGAGCACCUCGCUAUGAUGGAGCGUAUACUUGGAACUAUCCCGUACAGAAUGGCCCGUAAGACCAAAACUAAGUACUUUUACCAUGGCAAGUUGGACUGGGACGAGAAAAGUUCAGCGGGUCGCUACGUUCGUGAUAACUGCAAGCCUCUUCAUAGGUAUCAGCAGUGUGAAGACGAAGACCAUCGACAGCUCUUCGAUCUGAUAGCGAGAAUGCUCGAGUACGAACCUACAGAGAGGAUCACCCUCGGAGAGGCUAUGCGCCACCCAUUCUUCGACAAGAUCCCUGAAGAACAGAGGCUGCCAGCUCGUGAGCGUUCCCAUUCGCUGAGUAGAUGA